AUUAGAAAGUUGACAAAGACAACAGAAAAUGGCUAAUAUUUACCGAGUAUACUAGUCAAUCUGAAAACUGCGAACAAUUGGCCCUGAUACUGGAAGAGUCCGGUCAAAAGGAUGCUGCCAAAAAGUUGCGAGAAUACAAUACGCCUGAAAGGAUAACAGCAUACACACUUGACGUUGAACUACCUGUGCAAUUAGCAUCCGUGUUAAAAAAGGCCGGAUCCCGGGGGUUCCCUAUGGAUUCAAUUCCGAGAGGAAAGGCGUUCAUAUUUGUCGCCAUUAAAGAGCUACUAAAUGAAGCCAAACGAUUUGCAUCUGUAUACAGGCAGUUGUAUUUCGACGUGGAAAUUCACCUGAUCCAAAACUGCCAACAAAUGGUGAGCCCCUUGCAAAUUGUGGCCAAUCAGGUGUACCAAGGUAACGCACUGAUUGUGAUGUAUAUCGGACACGGUUAUGAUGAGAAAAUCUGGAUCAAUGAUGGCGAGGAGCAAAGAAUUUGUAAUAUUGUGGAUAUAUUCUCAGUGGGUAAGUGCGAUAACACGUUCAAAGAGGUGCCCAAGAUCUUUGUGUUCAAUUGCUGCCGAAAUAAGAUACCCGUAACAGCUUUAGUUGGCUUUCACAUUACUGAUAAUAAUCAAGUUUUAUUCGAUAUGUCUCCGAUAAGUAAAAACUGGCACACCAAUAACACCCGGACCUACAUAUGCCACACGUGCUCAGAAGAAGAGUUCGAGAAAUCUUCCGGUCAACGUCCUGAGAUACGCCAGUUCAUGGUGACCAGGGACUUGUAUUUCAAUCCGGGUCAACCAGAAAAUAUCAAAAACUAUGUUACAAGUGUCAAGUUGAUUGAAAAUUAA